AUGCUGUACAAGUCUACAAGAGGCAAGGAUGUUCAUCUCUCGUUCAUAGAUACGGUACUGCAAGGUCUGGGAAGUGACGGUGGACUCCUCAUCCCUGAGAGCGUGCCUAAGAUCACUCCACAGGAGUGGGAAGAGUGGAAGACUCUGGCGUAUAGGCCCCUAGCUUGUCGUGUAUUGAGGAAGUUCAUAUCUCCCGCGGAGAUAUCUGAUGCGGAGCUGCAGAAGCUCGUUGAGGAUGCCUACGGCAAUUUCCGCGAUAAUGAGCUCACUCCUGUGAAGCGCGUUGGGAAGCAAUAUGUCUUAGAGCUUUUCCAUGGGCCAACGUUCGCUUUCAAGGACCUAGCAUUGCAGCUGCUCGGUCCGCUCUUUGAGCUAUGCCUUGAGCGCAAGCAUAGGGAGCUUCUUAUACUCGGUGCCACGUCUGGUGACACAGGAAGUGCCGCUAUAGCUGGCGUGAAGGGGAGGAAGAACAUAAAAUGUGUCAUCCUCUACCCCUACGGUCGCACUUCGAAGAUCCAGGAGCUGCAGAUGACCACUACAGCUGAUGAGAACAUCCACUGUAUAGCAGUGAAGGGGAAUUUCGAUGACUGCCAAAACAUCGUGAAGAGUAUAAUGAGCAGUCCGUUGAAGGAAGAGCUCAGCAUUGGCGCGGUGAACUCUAUCAACUGGGCUCGCAUACUUGCACAAAUAGUGUACUAUGCGUAUGCGACCGCGAGGAUUCAGGAGAAGGAGAACUGCCGGCUUGUGGAUUUUGUGGUCCCCACUGGGAAUUUCGGAGAUAUUCUCGCUGGUUAUUAUUGCCGUAUGAUGGGGGCUCCCAUAGAUCGCCUCGUCAUUGCAUCUAAUCAGAAUGACAUCCUACCCAAAUUCUUUGAGACGGGCACGUAUUCCUACCAUGAUGAAGUCGUGCCGAGUCUCUCCCCCAGCAUGGACAUCGCUAUAUCCUCCAACUUUGAGAGGUUCCUCUAUUAUCUCUUCAAGGGAGACACCAGACGUUUGAAUGAGAAGAUUGGGGACUUGAAAACCAAGAAGGCAUUCUCCGUCACUGCUGAGGAACUCGACAAAGCUCGAAAGGAGUUCAUCGCAUAUUGCGUGGACGAGGAAAAGACUAAGAAGUGCGUGGCAAUGGUCUUCCGUGAUGCCGGAUAUCUCCUCUGCCCCCACUCUGCCGUUGGUUAUGCUGCUGGUGAACAGUUUCUGAAGGAUCGCGGGUCGUCUAAGAUCCCCCUAGUGGCUCUAGCUACUGCUCAUAUUGCCAAGUUCGUCGAGCCUCUCCAGGCGAGUUACAGGGAGAAAGGUGGUGCUUCACCAGAGCUUAUGAGGGCCUUAUCGAGUUGCAUGCCGAGGGAGCUCGAGCGCCUAUAUAGUCUUCCUAGCAGACGUACCGUGAUGCAGAACGAUGUUGAGGAUGUUAAACAAUACCUCAUUCGGAAUUUUUCUAAGCGUUGUUGCUGCUGUAAUGGAGGAGUAUAUGGAGUUGCUGCGGGUCUAGCAGUGUUAACUGUUGCUGUUGGGGCGAUGAUGGUUAUGAAGAGAAAGCAGUAG